CUUCAAAAGCACACACCAUCAGUAACCUAGCUAGCUUUAUUCCGGGUCUCCAGCAGCGGUACUGUGAUCUACAGCUACCAUGGCUUCCUACAUUGGCAGCAAGUCUCGCAUCACGGCAGCCUUGAUGCUGCUUGUUGCUGCCAUAACCAUGAUGAGCCACAUCUUCGUCGAGGUGGAGGCCCGGGACCUGUCGGCUGGAAGCGACGGCAAGGAGGCCAUGAAGGAGAGGCACCACAAGUGGAUGGCGCAGCACGGCCGCACCUACAGCAACGAGGCAGAGAAGGCGCACCGGUUCCAGGUAUUCAAGGCCAAUGCUGCUUUUGUUGACAGAUCCAACGCUGCAGCUGGCAAGAAGUAUCACCUGGCGAUCAACGAGUUCGCCGACAUGACCAGCGACGAGUUCAUGGACAUGUACACUGGCUUCAAGCCAGUGCCGACCGGGGUCAACAAGAUACCCGGUUUUAUGUACGGGAAUGUUACACUGUCUUCAGAUGACCAGCAGAUGAUUGACUGGAGGCAGAAAGGCGCAGUCACUGGUGUCAAGAACCAGGGCCAGUGUGGUUGUUGCUGGGCUUUCUCUGCGGUCGCCGCCGUGGAGGGCAUCCAUCAGAUCUCGACCGGCAACCUGGUCUCGCUGUCGGAGCAGCAGCUGCUGGACUGCUCCACAGACGGGAACAACGGCUGCAACGGCGGUCUCAUGGACAACGCCUUCCAGUACAUCAUCGGCAAUGGCGGCCUUACCACCGAGGACGCCUACCCUUACAACGCUGCACAGGGCAUGUGCCAGUCCGUCCAGCCGACGGUCACCAUCAGCGGCUACCAGGACGUGCCCAGCGAGGAUGAGGCAGCGCUCGCCACAGCCGUUGCCAACCAGCCAGUCUCCGUGGCUAUUGACGCUCACAACUUCCAGUUCUACAAUGGCGGUGUGAUGACCGGAGAUAGCUGCGGCACGGACCUGAACCAUGCGGUGACGGCAAUAGGGUACGGCACGGCGAAGGAUGGGAGCCCGUAUUGGCUGCUCAAGAACCAGUGGGGACAAAACUGGGGCGAGGGAGGAUACAUGAGGCUCGAGAGGGGCACCGGCGCCUGCGGUGUUGCUAAGAAAGCCUCCUACCCGGUGGCAUGAGCUACUAAAAUAAAUAUCGACCUAUAUACAUGAAGGCAUGCGUAAGAUAGUUCAAGGAAUAAAGCAUGCGGACACACAUUGAUCCUAAAAUGUAAAGGAAGCACCUGAAACAGAAUUUAUGUGACACUUUUCUAAACUUCUAUUUUAUAUUAACAUGUAGCCCUGUAAGUCUGCUACACAUGAAUCGAAGGAGUGCAAAAGCAAGGUACCAUGGUAUAUUGUAACCUUGUAAGUUUAUAUAAUACAUUUAUACGAAGGAUGUAUCUGUUGGUUUUAAGUU